AUGGCGACCGCUACCAAUGUCUCAUCAGGUGAUAUCCCUUUCGCCACUUUCUCUGCUGCCAACGAUGCUGCCAUCCUCCUGCUUGAGCUCAUCCAGGCCACCGCUUCACCGCCAAAUCUCGUGAAUGAUGGAAAUUCCAUCGGAUUUCAACUGUGGCUUCCAUCUUUAACCAAUACGCCUCAUUCAGAAGGCUCUGGCACUGAUUCUGAUACCAGCUCCAACACUGGCUUGGAAAAUAAUUGUACUUCUUGGGAGAUUGGUGCCGGUACACCGCCGGCCAUGGUGGGCAAAGGGUUGGGUCGCAAGAAUCCACCCAUUCUUCUUUGCCCUCCAGGUGAAACACCAGGCUCCAAGGCUGUUCGUAAAUUCAUAAAGGAUUUCCAUGCCACUGUUUACAUCCAUGAGGAAUCAGGUGUAUUCCUGCUUAAAACACUUUGUGAUCGACCAGUCAUCUACGAACAAGGCGACAUGUACGGCAAUGACUUGAAGCUUGGUUUAGAUGAAUGGGGUGAGGGUAUGACGUGCGUCUUGCGGAGAGAGCGCAACUACAUUCAUAUCGGUCAAUAUCGCUUUCUUAUUAAAUUUGCGACACAAACUCGAGAGACCUACCGCAACUUUACUACGCAAAUGAACGACAAUUUGAAGAGUGAAUACCAUAGUCUAGUCCCCUCACGUUUGUUCAAUUUCAUUCCGGUUUCUUCUCCAUACAAUAAGAGGGAAUGGAACGUAUGGUUCCAUCGCCAAAUCCCAACAGCUGACAUCACCGCCGGCGUCAACAUUCACACUGGACGGCCGGUUGCGAUCAAAACGGUGCGCAACAGGGAUAUCAUCCAUGCGCGCCAACAUAUUGUCAGCCAACUGCAGAUGGCACUCCAGAGCAACGGCAGGCAAGAUAGCGGCAUCCUUGGCAUUAUCGAUGUGUGGUGUGAUCACCAUACUUCUCCCUGCCUAUUCGACAUGCAUGAUCGUGAUCUGCUGGCGAGGUGUUCUCAUACCCGUUAUUCGAUGCCACUGGCCUCGCAUAAUUUCUUGGAUCUUCCUUGGUCAAAAUUGGGAACCGAAAUGCGACUGUUCUAUUUCCAUCAGACCUUGUUAGGCCUCGCUCAGAUUCAUGAGCAAGAUCUUGCUCAUGGGAAUAUCCGACCCGGGUCACUCCUCAUAUUAGGCGACGCAACGCACAAAUUACGCCUAAAUCCUAAAAGUCCUGCGAAAAAUAAAGCUGUCAUAUCCCUCUCCAUGAGCCGGGUAGAGAAGAAGAUGUUUGACGCGACAAGAAUUUGCGUCGCACCUGAAGUAUGGCAGAACCAAGAGGCCACAAGAGAUCUGGAUAAGACAAAACUCGACAUCUGGGCAUUAGCCUCCUCGUGGCUGUACGCAUUUGCCAAACCAAAUGAUAGCAAAAUAGCAACAGAGAAUAAUCAUCGGUGGCUCCAGAAUCGAGUGGAUGGAACCUUCAAAUCAAACCCUGAUCUGGCGCUUUUUGGCAGUCUUUUGAGCAAAAUGUUGGCCUGGAAGCCACAAGAUCGACCAACUGCUGCCGAAGCUCUUGCAAGCGACGCCUGGCAGCUUGUUUGGGCCGAGAAGGAAAAAGAGAAGGGCAAGAAAGAGCAGAAGCGGAAGGCCAAAAUGCAAUUGGACGGGGCCAAGAGAGUUAGGGUGCUCUCACCUGGGGAAGAAGAUUACAAGAUCUUUGAGUCGUAA